GAUGCAGUGGUACUGGGAACGCCGGGUGCGUACGGAUGGAAUGGUGGAAUGCAGUUUUAUCACAAAGAGCAGAAAUCAUUUAUCAACAUCACCACUACAGACAAAGACAGCAAAAACGGUUACUUAGGAUACUCUGUCCAGGAGGCCAUUCGGUCCGGGUUGGUGUUCUACGCGGUGGGUGCCCCACGCUAUCGGCACACUGGAGAAGUGAUCAUCUUCCAGCGAAGCAGGACUGGCAGCUGGAAGGAUGUACAACACAUUCCAGGAGAGCAGAUUGGCUCAUACUUUGGUUCUGAAAUUUGUACCCUCGAUGUGACUGGAGAUGAUCAGACGGAUUUUCUUCUGAUUGGAGCUCCUCUGUAUCGAGAUGAAAGAUUCGGGGGCAUAGUGAUCAUCUGCACAAUGAGUCCCAAGGGGAAUUUCUCCUGCCGCUGGUCCCUCCGAGGGGAUGCAGGAAAUGGGUUGGGACGCUUCGGCAGUGCAAUCGCAGGCCUGAGGGACUUGAAUGGGGAUGGCCUGGGCGAUGUGGCCAUUGGAGCGCCGCUGGAGGAGGAUCAUCGCGGGAGCGUCUACAUCUACCAUGGCCAGAGGGAUGGAAUCAAUCCCAGAUAUAGCCAGCGCAUUGAAGGUGUGAAGCUUUCCCCCGGCCUGAAGUACUUUGGGCAGUCUCUCAGCGGUGUGAUGGACGUGAGUGGGGAUCUGCUGACUGACCUGGUGGUUGGAGCUCUCGGGACAGUGACAGUUUUUCGCUCCCGACCUGUCCUGAAUGUCUCCAUCACAUUUGCAGUCAACCCACAGCAAAUCCCCUUUGAGGCUUACGAAUGUCACCGACGCACCCUACCAAAUAGACCACUCGGUAACAUCACCGUGUGUUUCACAAUGUCAAGACUUGUGGCCGAUAACUGGGGCGAACUCAAAGCCAACAUCACAUACAGUUUGCUCCUGGAUGUGGGACAUCAGAAGGGGAGGGCUAUCUGGCAAAGCAUGUCCAGCAGGCUGACCAAGAGCCUGCAGCUGUCCACGGUGAAGCAGAAAUGUCGGGAAUACAACAUUCUCUUACAGAAUUGUGUCAAGGAUUACUUUGAUCCAAUUGAGUUCUCACUUAACUUCACUCUGGCUGGUGAGGUCAUUCCUGGGAGCAAGGGGCUGCGACCCAUUCUCAACAAGUACAGCAAAACAUCACAGAAAUACGAGCUCCCAUUCGAGAAGGACUGUGGAGUGGAUAAUGAGUGUGUGGACUAUCUGAGAGUCGCCUUCAACUUCUCAGGGGGUGACGUGGUGGUGAUUGGACAGACGAUGGUGUUGAUAGUGACUGUGGUUCUGCAAAAUGCUCAUGAAGACUCCUCCAACACACAACUCAACUUCAUCCAUCCCAGCCGCCUCUCCUUUAAAAAGAUCACCAUGGUGCAGACAUCUGGUGUUCAUGUUGUGUGCCGUGAUCUGCAGAAUGAGGGAUGGGUGGAGUCUGGAAGAUUAAGCUGUGGUGUGAAUCAUCCAGUCUUCAGGAAGGGUUCUCAUGUGGCUUUCAACGCAGAAUUCGACAUCUCCCUGACUGGGAGUGAGGAAAGGACAGCAAAUUUCACCAUUACAGCUUCCAGUGAAAACUCUCUGCGAAUUACCAACGAGAGUUCCUUUACGCGCAACAUGAUACUUUACUACGCAGUGAACGUUGUGAUCUCCGGGAUUGAAUACACGCGACACGUUAGCUUUGCAGCUGGACGGCAGGAGGCACGGCUGGUCAAACACUCCUACCAGGUGGAAAAUCUGGGCAAGCGAUCACUCCCCUUGCAGGUGAGGUUCACAGUCCCGGGAAGGAUUGGCACCAACACACUGUGGAAUGUCACAGUGUCCGAGCGAAAACCGGGUAACCGUUCAUCCUGCCAGCUGCCUGUCAAGAGCUUGGCAAAGGUGCAGACAGAGGCACCAAGGGGCCCACAGGACUACCUUAUGUUGGACUGUGGGAUUGCACAGUGCCUGGAGCUACAGUGUGAGGUCGCAGCGCUGGAGGAUCAUGGAACGGUGAUUUUCGAUAUCCAAGGGGAGUUUAUGUCAGCGGCACUUGCUGAGACGAAACAAUUGGGACUUGUUCCUGCUCAAGACAUUCAGUCAUCCUGGAAAUUGCCCAAUUCAUUACAUGGCCGCCAGGGGCCAACAUUCGUAGAGACGCUCUCCGAAAUCCAGACGCUGACAGAUUACGUGACCAGCGAGCAGGAAGAUGACAGAAACGUCUUGACCGGAACAAGUUCCAAUUGUUUCGUCUUGGAGGCCGAAGGUGCAAACUGCAAUUCGGACUCAUUUGACCCAGCAGCGGAGACGAUUGGAAUAGGCAGCUGGGG